AUGCCUCUUCGCACAACUCUGGCCGUCGCCGCCGCCUGGGCAAUCAUGGCCUCUGGUGCCGCCGCCGCCACCACGUCCGACACCAUCGGCCCGGCCGCCUUUAUGUGGCCGCCCGACCGUGUCUGGUCCGCCGACGCGGACAACACGGCGCCGUGUGGCUCCAUUGCCGGUGUGCAGAACCGCACCGUGUUUCCCCUCCAGAGCGGCAAGAUUGCACUCGUCGCCCAGGAUGAGUCGUAUGACCUGGAACUCGCCGUUUCCUAUCUCGAGGACCCCAGGAGCAACGGCGACUUCCACAACCUGAUUGACAUGGCCGCCUUCAAGGACAUCAAGCUCGGCCACACCUGCGUCACGCUCCCCGACGCCGCCCCCUCGGUCAAGGCCGGCACCAACGCCACGCUGCAGAUCAAGUACAUUGCCGACUUUGACAAGCCCGAGAACCAGACCUUUUACGCCUGCGCCGACAUCACCUACGUCGCCAUUUCCGACUUCAAGGAACGCAUCCCGUGCUUCAACGCCACCGAGCCGAGCCCCGGCGACAACGCGUCCAAGACGGGCGGCUCCGGCGCCGGCGCCACGGCGACGGCUUCGCCGAGCGCCACGCCCGCCGCGUCGAAAAAGUCGGGCCUCUCCGGCGGUGCCAUUGCCGGCAUCGUCAUCGGCUCGCUCGCCGGCGUCGGCCUGAUUGUCGCCGCCGCCCUGUUCAUCUUCCGCCGCAAGCAGCAGCGCCUGCGCGUGCUUCGCCAGCAAAACUCGGAGCGCGGCAAGUGGGCGGCCGGCGGUGCCGAGGCGGCGCGCGACUCGCAGUCGCAGGGAAGUGUCCGGAUGAACAAUUUGUAA